GACCAACACCUGUAUUUGGGCAUAAGCUUUCCUGGGCUAAAACCCACUUCAUCAGACUCAAGCCUGGGUGAUAGAGGGGACAGUGGGGAGGUUAAAAACGAAAGGCGCUGUGUUCUCCCCGGCUCUAAAUACCUUACAUGUAGAAAAAAGAUGCUUCAAAGGAUCGGAAACAAUACGCUUUCCCCCUAAAAACGUGAGCAGAAAGGAGAUGGCAGAUAAGCUGACAGCCUGCUGCUGAAUUAAGCACGCAGAAACUCAACUACUGUGAAACCCUGUUGGUCUAUAAUGUGGGUAAUAGGUUUUAUCCCACCCCACUCCUUGUGUGAAGUGCUUGGAGAUCCACAGACGAGGUACCUGUAUAUAGUCUUCCACAGAACUGGACUGGACCAAAUAUCUGGAUUUGAAUGAAAGCAAAAAACUUCAGCAACUACCCUAGCUAAGGAGGCAAAACUUGUUUCUGCCCAAUGGUUUCUUUUGAAAAGUCAGCUAUGCUGAUUCAGUGGCUCUUGAUUACUAUGGUGAUGAGCAGGGUAUAGAAUAGAAAAUACAAGGGAAUAGAGUAUAAACAUUGGAAGGUGGGUUGCGGGAGAAGACUUCCCAGGCAGUAGUCAAACUCAGAAACUUGAUUUGCAACAAACUGUACUGCAAGGAGCAAUCAGUUAAUACGAAACGGGAUAUCAUAUUUUGUACUGAGCUCAUCUCUCUCAAUCUAUGCUUUGUACUAUUUUACAAUAAAAUAUCUUUUAUUAAAAGUGACUCAUCUUACCCAGCCUGCCAUGAUUCUCCAAAACCCUAGUGUCACCCAGUUUGUAUGAAAGAGCUAAUACAAAAUAAGGUCCUAUCCUGCAAACACCCAUGUGUUUGUAACUAUGCAUGGGAGUAGUCCCAGUCUGUUCAAUGAGUCUACUUACAUUCAAAGAGUUAUGGGCUUGCAGGAAUGGGUCCUGAAAUGUUAUUGCUUUGUAUUGUAUUAUUAGCUGUAUGACUCAUAAAAAUUCAUCACUCAUCUGUUUUGGGAAGAUUUUUUAAGGUGGCAUUUUUUUCUCUACCAUCAAGAAUAUGAUACAGUAGAUGGUCAGAGUACUUCACCUGUUCUCUAAUGGGAUAUUAAGCCCUGCACAGCUUCAGUCUAUUGUAGAUUUUUAUACAGUGUUUUAUACAAAAUUCUGCAAGAUACACAUGGCCAAACAUACCAAUACAUUUAUUCUAUUACCAGAAAACUGAUUUUUGUUUUCAAAAUUCUUGCAGCUCUAGGAGCUUUUCAUUAGCACCCCAGAUAGGGAUUUUCUCUGCCUCGUUUUUCUAAUCUGUUGGUUGAAACAGGUGUCUAAUAUGCCCGUAACAAAACCUAAUAAGAAUUUUUCUAAAUUGGUUAGGUGUAGCCAGGAUUUGCCAGGUAAACAAUGUACAGAGAAAAUAAAAAAACAAAACAAAAAAACUAGACAGUGCAGUACGCCCACAUUGCCUCUAGGGGACAGCAGCAGUGGCUGCUUGCUCCCCAUCUCCUCCCCAGCAUAAAGACAAAUUCGAGCCCACUUGGAAGAUGAAGUCUGGCUAUCGGAGCUGAACAGACAGCAGCAGCUUUCUCUUGACACACUGACUACAAAUGGCCCUGGCAUUUUUCACCUCGAGCAUCCUCCAAGUGACUUGCAUGGUGCUGUUCCUUUUCCAUUUCAAGUCAGCAGCAGUGCAGUAUGUUCUGAAAAUCAACAACAAUGGUCCCAUCACAACGGGAGCUCAAGCUACAAUUCAGGCCAGCUUGAGUAUGAAGACUGAUGAUGUUGCAUUCAUUAGUGACCUAAAGUCCUAUCAUUUUAACUGGAUUUUCACCCCUCUGACUUUGAUUGAGAAAUCAGAGCAGCGAUUUAACUCUACGAUUACAGUGACUGGUGAAUUUUCUGGAGACUUUCCCAUUUCUGUCUGGGCAACUGAGACACACUGUUGGUUAUGUCAGCCCAUCGCCGAAAGUGUCACAAUGCUUCACAUUACAGAGUUUAUAGUAGGGAAUCUUACCAUUGCACAAAUAGAAGACAACAGAACAUUUGUCGAACAAGGUUCGAGUUCUGCCACAGACACUCUGACCCUGAUUUCUUUCUUUCUGCAUGAUCCGAGUAAUUAUUUCAAGUCAGCAUCAUUCAUCUACAACUGGGAUUUCGGAGAUGGAACUCAGCUGGUAACUGAAGAACCCUUUGUCUACUAUAAUUAUUCUACAGCAGGGAAUUGCAAGGUACAUCUCAAAGUUGUAGCUGAAUGGGAGCAAAUUGAGAGUGCCACACAUGAAAGAAAGAUUGUGCAGAAAAUGGGAGAUUUCACCACCGAGUUGGAGUUGCUGGAUGGUGUUAAAAGUAUAAAUGUCAUAGGCUCCAGAGAGACUCGUGUAAUGGAAAACUUAAGUUUAUCUCUACAUAUCAAUGGCAGCCCUCCACUCACCUUAUGUUGGCUCAUAAAGGCUGAAUGUAUUCCACUUGAAGGGGAAAAGUGCCAUCUAGUGGUGAUUAAUGGCUCCUCCUACAAUUUGAGCCAUAUCUUUCGUAAUGCAGGACAAUACUGUCUCAGCGUGAGAGUGGAGAAUGAUGUGAACAUGUUGCAGACGUACCAUGCGAUUAAAGUGUGGCCAACAGGUAUUCACCCAGCUUUCUUCGCCCUGCCAUGUAUUGCUCUGAUUUCAGUGAUGCUGGGAUUUGUUAUAUACACGACCUUCCGAAGCAGCUCACAACAGAAGGAUCUUGUGGAGGUAGCUGACUUUGAUUUUUCUCCUCUGUCUGACAAAAAUCCCUCUCCUGAUUCUGAGUCAAGCUGCGGUCGAAUAUGCUGCAGAUCCUGUUUCCUUCAGCCACCUCAAGAAUAUUGGGAGACCGUCAGGGAGAGCCACAGACUCCUCCAUCCUUUGUACAAGCCAGUCAAAACUUACACAGUGUGAAGAUCACAGCUUCAUUUGGUUACAUUAACUGCUGACCUUAACUUUUCUCUUAUGAUGAGUUAAAAGCCAAGUGCUGCAUGGAUGGUUUAUUUUUGCUGGUACAUAGAGAGAUUAACUACUUAUUUGGCCCAAUGCUAAAGAGUACUUCAUAGUGUAAUUUAAAAGGAAAGAGCCUGAUCCACAAUAAAAGUGGCUUCGCAUAUUUGAAUUACACGAGUGUAUAUCUUACAGUAGAGAGCAUUGCCAAAUCAUUUAAAUGCAGUAUGUUAUUCCUAUGAGGGAUUAUUUUAUGUGCAGAUGUUUGCCAAAUCCACUCUCCUUUGUAAUUUGUCUGGCUUUCCCACAUCACUCCCAUCUCAAUGCUGUUUGUUUCAAAGAUGGAAAUGCUCAAGACAAAAAAGUGCUUUUCUCUUUUUUCACAGCUGUACAGCAUUCAGUUUACCAGGAGACUGAACCAGGUGAAAUGCUGUUACUCUAAUGCACAUUAGUACUUAAAAGAAAACCUAUUUGUUCAACAGAUUGGAAACAUUCUUACUCCAAUACCCUGCUCAGUGAACCAGACUCCAUAAUUAUUACGUUGCUACAUUAAAAGGACCUCAAUUUUAGCAAACAGUAUUCACCAGGAACAUAAUAGCUGAUGUUGCACUGGUGGAAACCUGCAGAUACUAACAACAGAUACAAGGUACUGUGUGAGGACAUUACAUGACUUAAAAGGUGCUAUGUUCCCGACACAUUGUUGAUGGCGCAGUACAGUACUAACGUCAUCUAGUCCAGGAGAGUGCCAUCUUUCAGAUGAGGCAUUAAAAUAAGGUCCUUUUUGCCCAUUUUUAAUCUCUUCCUAGAUAGUCAGCGAAGUUUCCACUGGCAUUCUUCAGAGACAAAGUAAAGAAUAGGCUAAAACCAGUGCUGGCUGUCAGUGCCCCUCAGAGCAGGUUCUGCCAUUCAAAGCUGUGCAGACUCACUGCUUAGUGCAUACUCGCUGCUGUCUUUGUCGCCUUCCAAUUCACUGCACUACGAGCAUUUAACUUACUACUGUACUAGAGCCCUUAAGUACUUUGAAAGAUUUACAUAAAAUCAAAUUCUGUUCCAUUUCUUUCCCUCUGUUCUCCAUCUUCUCACCUGCUGCUUUGCUCACUGUUUUUAUAAGCACUUUGUUAUACCUGGAGUAUGGGAAAUAUUGUGUAAUGGCUAAGGGGGAGGGGAUCCAGAAUUAGGAUUCCUGGGUUCUCUUCUUGUUUCUGACACCAAUUUGCAGCGUUUCCUUAGGCAAGUCAGUUCACCUCUGAUCUUCAGUGCCUCCGCCGGUACAUGGGCUCAUAUCUAACUCAGAGCAGGUGGGCUGUGAUGCUAACUGAAUUAAUAUUUAUAAAGGGAGUUGGGAUCCUCUAAGGUGAGGACAAGGAUCCUUAAAAGUGAUCUAGUCAAUGCAAGUUCUCUUAGCAGGUACUUUCACCCCCACCACCCCCAGUUUUUUUUUGUUUGUGUGUGUGUGUGUGUGUGUGUGUUUUUUUAAGAGAGGCUUUGAUGGUGUAUUUACAAGUGAAUUGUGGAACCUUUGAAUUACAAAAGGUGUCCUUUGUGUUCCUGUUAGGUGUGCUAAUGCCAAAAUCUUAUCUUCAGUCAGUCUUAACAAGGUGGCUCUACUUAUUUUGUUCUAAUUAUAAGCAAGAAUAAUACUGCUUAUUCCUGAGAUAAUAUCAAUUUGAAAAAUUGCCAGAAGGUACAGGACUAGUUCCUGGCUGUUAACAUACCCCACAAAAGGUUGCACAGUUCCUUGGAAAGGAGGCAUUUGGUUUGCAUGACUGAGCUGCCCCAUGGUGGCCUCAGAGAACAGUGCUAUGUGAGGAGGGAAGUUCAGAUCAUGAAGAUAGCUGAUGACGUUUGAUAUUCAUUUAUUUCAUACAUAAUACAUUAUGGGGCAUGCUAACCCAGGCACGGUGAGUGGGGGAGAGUGGAUACAGAGAGCCUCUCUCUUCCCCCAUACCCCAUCACACUUCCACUGGAGUUGGCCAGAAUUUGCCUGCAGGUAAUAGGGGAGGAAGGAUUGGCAGCACUAGAUGCCCUAGAGAAAGGGACAUGGGGUGAAGGUACAGGCAGGACUUUGCUGGGGUAGAACUACGUACACCUGUGAUAUACUCCAUCCACCCCCAAACAACUCUGGGGAUAUAUGCCUGCUAGCACCACUGCUUCAGCUGUGCACCUCCUCACUGUCCCCAGUACACCACAGCCUCUACAGUGGUAUGACUGAGCUCCACGAAAGUGAUCAGACCAAGCACUGGUUGGGGUGUGGAAUCCAUCAUGUAAAGAAAAGUGGGAACUGGGCUACUCUGAGUUGAAAAGGAAUAAGUAAAUGGAUAGGGUGAAGGACUGGCCUAUGCAUGAAAUAGAUCAAUUACUGAGAGAAAUAAAAGAUGGUAUCAAGAAAAAAGAAUUGCAAAAAAGAAGGCAAACCCCAGGAAAUAAUCUGUUCUCAUUUUCUUUAGAACAAUGCAAGAAGGGUGACAAAGAAGCCAAAUAAUUUCAAAGCUUAAACACAAAGGGUAGGAAAGUGAAAGUCAAUGCUGAAAAAUAUUGGGAAAUGCUAAUCGCUUACGACAAAUUGAAGAGAAUGGAAGGUUUGGGAGUAACAGAGAUAGCUCUUGCAGGAAGUUUGGGUAGAGAACUAUCAUUAUUACUUGAAAGUACAGAUAAUUAAGGGAGUAAAUUGGUGGCAGGAAAUCCGAAUAUACUGGCUGUGCUUUUGUAGCACCAGGAUGAUUGUUUGCAGAAAUCGAAAAGGGCUUGUCAAAAGGCAAAUCAGUAAUAGAAGAUUUGAAUAACCCUAACAAACUGGGCUAUAAGUACAAGGAAUACACCCAUUAAUACAUUUUUGGACAUGGUACGAGACCACUUCCUGCACAAAAAAGCUAAUUUAUGGGUUCAGUAAAUGCCCUGGAAAUUGAAGACAAAGGGUAAUUGAGCAGUUCAGGACAGAGUGAGGCGAGUAGUGCAACGUAGCAAGAAUCAGCAGGACUCAUUUUGUUAACCUUUUAAAUCAGUGACCUGGGGAAAAAAAGUGUUCAGCAAAAUGAUGAAAUUCACUGAUCCAAAACCGAGAGCAGAGCGUGGAAAGCAGGAGAGCGGUUAAGGUCAGAUGAUAAGCAAGAGUAUACACAGAUAAGAAGUUUAUGCAACUGAGGGAACUUGUUUUUUUAAUAAAACAAGAAUAAGAGAAGAAACACAUUGAAAGGACAUUAUAUCAAAUUGCAUGGCACAGCAUCCUGGAUAUCAAGCAAACAGCAUCACAAACUGGAACACAGCUAAUACACUGAAUAAACCCAGGUGUAAAAAUGUAACUGCUUCCGUUAUACAUUAAGAUUUUCUUCUUUUAUUUCCUGAGCGUGUAACUUCCUCUAGUCUACUGCAUGAGUUCUCAACCUAGGGGCCCUGGUCAGGUCCAGGUGGGUGACAACCACUUCCCUUCCUUUUUGGUUAAAGGGGAGGGGGUCUCAACGUGUUUUUUUCUGUUGUAACAUGAGCUCACACUAUCGAAGAGUUGGAGAACCACUGAUCUAGUGGAUUGUCAUGUUGGUCUGUAGCUCACGAGAGCUCAUGCUCAAAUAAAGUGGUUAG